AUGUCACUUAGUAAUGCACCACGCAGCUGUCGGCCACAAGCGCUGGAUGAUGAGGCUGUGAGAGCAGCCGUACAGAAUGACAGUAGCCAAACAUUUGGUGAGCUUGCUGCACACUUCCAGGUAUCUGAUGAAACGAUCAGACUCCAUUUGCAUCGCAUAGCAAAGGCAUACAAGCCGAGCAAGUGGGUACUCCUCUCACUCUCCGAUGCAAACAAGCAACAGCGUGUCGCUGCCUGUUUGUCGUUGCUUACUCGGCACCGCAAUGCAUCCAUAUUUGAUCGAGUACUCACCAGCGAUGAAAAUUGGGUACAGUAUGACACACCCAGGAGUUCUAGGUUGUCACUACGGGACCCUGUGCCUCACACUGCGAGACCUUCUCUCCACCCACGCAAGAUCAUGCUCUGUAUCUGGUGGACUAGUCGCCAAGUGGUGCACUAUGAGCUCCUGCCAGUGGGCCAAACCAUCACGGCAGGCCUGUACUCGCAGCAGUUGGAACGUGUGCAUUAG